UUUUAUUUCAGGAACUGAACAAAUGAUCUGACUAUUCUUGUUGAAGUUCUCAUUAACAGUUUUUGGUAUAUUUCUCAAUUUCCUCUUUUGUUUUCCCAGUGUUUUUAGUAUGUUGGAAAAUUUACUCCAAACCACGACUUCUUCUUUUGAGGUACACUUUAUAUUGGAUGCCUUUUAGCUUUAUCAUUGUACGUAGCAGUUUGUCUCUGAGCUCUGGUGUCUUUGAAUGAAGCCAGAAUCUGGAUAACUUCUUCAAGGAAAGAGAUCCAAGAGGUUCCUGGAUCUCCUGAACACCAGGAGCCCACAUAAUGGUGCGAGAAGGACAGUCUCGAGGUAGAGAGAAAGGAGUCUGGUGGUCCCAAGUGCGGCUCUGGACUGUUGCUGUGGUUUCCCUUGCCCUCCUCAGUGCCUGUUUCAUUGUGAGCUGUGUGGUAACUUAUCAUUUUACAUAUGGAAAAAUCGGCAAACGGCUGUCUGAACUGCACACGUAUCAUUCAAGUCUAACCUGCUUCAGUGAAGGGACAAGGGUGACAGAAAAGGUCUGGGGAUGUUGCCCAAGUGCUUGGAAGUCAUUUGGUUCCAGUUGCUACUUCAUUUCUAUGGAAGAGAAUUUUUGGUCUAAAAGUGAGCAGAACUGUAUUGGGAUGGGGGCUCAUUUGGUGGUGAUCAACACAGAAGCAGAGCAGAAUUUCAUUGUCCAGCAGCUGAAUGAAUCCUUUUCUUAUUUCCUGGGGCUCACUGAUCCUCAGGGAGAUGAAAAAUGGCAAUGGAUUGAUCAGACACCUUUCCAUGAAAAUGUCAGAUUCUGGCACCCCAAUGAGCCUAAUUUUUCUGCAGAGCGAUGUGCUUCGAUAGUUUUCUGGAGUCCUGGAAAAUGGGGCUGGAAUGAUGUUUUCUGUGAUUCUAAAAGGAAUUCAAUAUGUGAAAUGAAGAAGAUUCACCUAUGAGUGAAAUGCAUUCACCUACAUCUUUAAAAUAGGGACCAAUUGUAAAACAAUAAUUUCCUCUUGUUAAUUAUGUAAAUCCUGUGUCAUAGAGGUUCAUGGAAAUAUUGGAAUGCUUCUCACCCUUCAAUUACCCCUCCUCUGGUUUUCUCUUUUCCACUAAUGAUAGGAUAAGUUCAUCAGCUCUUUGUUUUCUCUUCCAUUUGUUCUUUAUUCGCUUCUUUCCUUUUGUUCUGACCACCUCCUUUUUACCUCGUUGGUGAAGAAGGAUCCCCGAUUCUAAAUAGAGUAAGAUGGUAAAACACCUGACACCCUUCAUUGGACAGAUAAGACUGACAGCAGUUUAUUAGUCACGGCCCCCACCCCCCGGGGUGGAGGGGGUAGGAUACCACAGGCCAUGCAGGGCCACAUGGGAUUGCACUCAGGAACAGAGUGAACUGGCAGGGGGCUGUGGGAGGCAGGCUUUGUAGUGACCAGAGGGUGGAUGUGAUUGGGAGGAUGUGAUUGGGCUGGCAGGGAGGUGGAAUCCAUUUGGUAGAGGACCGGGUGAUGUGCAGCGGGCCCAGUUGCUAGGGGAACUAGCCGGUGGGGAGCCUUUCCUGCUGGAUGGGGGUAUAUCUGGUGAGAGAAGAGGAUAUGGUGAGAGCAGGGGAACUCACGGCUAGGCCUUUGGGGAUCUGUGAGGCUCAAAGUUGGCAAGGCAGCACAAGGAAUUUCAGGCCUUACAAUGCACCUCUCUUUAUACUUUCUUCCACAAACAUUCCUUGUGCCAGAAACUGUAUUCUUUUGUUAAUUAGAAGACUUAUAAAGGAGGUUUCUUUUAAAAGUUAUGACUUUCCUCUCUCAAAACAUCAUAGAGAAAUCCCCUCAAUCAAGAUAAUGGUUGGGGCUGCAGUCAUCUGAAGUCUUGACAAGAUCUGCAGUAUUUACUUUGUAGAUGGCUCAUUCACAUGGCUCACAAGUUUGUGCUAGCUACUGGUAGGAGUCCUCAGGCCCUCAGUACAUGGUACUCUCCAUACAUCUACUUGAGAGUGCCCACAACAUGGGGGCCCACUUCCACCAGAGCAACAAGAGAACAAAGUGAAAGCACUAAGGUCUUCUAUGAUAUGAUCUAACCUUAGAAGUUAUACACCAUAACUUCCACUGCAUUCUAUUAGUCACGUAGUCCAAACUGGACAUAAUAAAGAAGGCAACUACUCAAAGGCAUGAACACCAGAAAGUUAGAUUCUUUGGGGGCCAUUGUGGAGACUGGCUACCAUAGCAAGAUUUUUUUUUUUUUAAAGUUACAAAAAUGUAUACCAAGAAGGAAAAUAAUGAAAAAUUUUUUACACUAAAAUUAUGAACUUCUGUUCAUAAAGACACUGUAAGGAAAAUGAAAAAAAAAUUGAAUUGGGAGAAGAUAUUUAAACAUCUAUAACUGACACAGUAUUAAUAUCAAGAAUAUAUAAACAAUCUUCACAAAUCAAUUUCUUCAUAGAAGAAGAAAUGCAUACAUCCAAAAGACAAGAGACAUUUUUAUAAAGAUACACAAUUUCACUUGUAAUUUGAGAAUGCACAAGAUCACAACAAGAUAUCAUUUUAUACCCUUUUAAAGGGAAAACAUUAAGAAAGCAGGCAAUACUAAGAUUUGGAGGAGAUGCAGAUAAAUGGGAUCUCAUACAUUGCUGAUUUGAGUUUAAAUGGGUACAAUCACUUUGGGAAAUAAUUGGAUUAUCUUGUAAAGGUAAACAUUCAAAUAAACUAUGAUCAAUUUGUAUUAGUUUGGUUCCCGUGCUUAAAUUAGGAUCAUUCAAGGAGAGUUUAAUAAAAAGAAUGUUUAUAAAGGUGAGACCAUGGAAACCACAAGGAUUAAUGCAAUACCCUGGGACUAGUAACAGUAUGACUGUUAUUAACACUGGUGAGGCUAUUAGAAUCCAGAAAGAUAGCAUGGUGUGGAGAGAUCUACAGUGUGAGGAGCUGUGAUAUUUCACCAAGGACCCAGCUUGUGUUGACCCUGAUGGAACAGAGCCAGAAGAAUAUAUUCCCUGAGCUCACUCUUCUGUUUUCCUCCUCCCACACCCAUCUUUGUGCAGGUCUCCUUAUUGGCCAAACCCAACCAGAAGUUAGAGGCACAGAUGCCUCCUGGGUCAGAGACCAGGAAGGAGAGGGUGGAGAGGGGUGAGAAGGGGAAAUUGGAAGUUAUCCAGCAUCCCAGUGAUAUGUAAUGCACAUGUAUAUCAGGAAAUAUGAACAAUAAUAUUCACUGUUUUUGUAGCAAAAAAACUUGACUGAAACUAUCCAAAUGCCCAUUAAGAAUACAUAAUUAAGCUGAGGCAUGCUCCUUCAGUAGUAUAGCAUACAGCAUUAAAAAUGAAUGGACCAUGAUAAAUGAUAACUACACUUAACAGCAUAGAUAAAUAUUAGUAGCAUAAUGUUGAGUGAAAAAAUCAAGUCCUAGAAGAUUACCUAUAGUGUAAUGCUCUACUUUAAAAAAACAAGUGAAGUUACAGAAUAUAAAGGCAUAUACUGACUUGAAAUGAGUAACUUGUUACUGAAAAUCAGGCAUUCUACACAAAAAUACCAACUGGGAACAUAAACACACAUUUAAAUGGGAAAAUAUAUAAAGCAUGACACUUAAUCCAAAAUCUUGAAUUUCCAAAUGAGAUAAAAACAUAAUAAAAUAAAUGUACAAUGUCUAUCAAGUAAAUCUAUCAUGUUAAAACAUAAAAUGCUCAACACAUUGCUGCAUGAUUACUAAAUAAUUAAUAUGCUUGUUAACAAAUAGUUUUUGUGUAAGUGCAUAGCAAGGAUUCUGAGUUUCACAUCUCCUUUAUUGAUACCUUCUGAUCUUUUAAUAAAGUCUAUAUAUGAUCCUUGCCAUCCAUAAACUAUAUUUGGAAUUUAACGCAAAACAUUUCCUGCCCAUAAUUUUGUUUAAUAUAUAGAAUUGACUUUUGGGGACAUAAAUAUGCAUUUUUCCUAUAUAAACAUCACCCAACAACUGCUGUAUUGAGAGAGUUCUAAGGUCUAUGAAACGUGGAUAUUAAAAGAAAUAAAUGUUUUCAACACUGUAAAUGUAAUUAAUGCCACUGAAUUGUAUACUAAAAAAUAAUUAAAAUGGGAAAAAUAUAGAAA